CCCGAAUCGUGAUCGCAAGCCACCCAGUAAUAUUAGUAAGCCAGGCUCUCGUAAACAAUAUACCACCGCAACUCGGAGCUACCGAACUAUGGCCUAGUGUCUCCCAUACUACUCUACCAGUUAUGUUAUCACUGCUUGACGGUUGUCUCCCUUUUGUUACUCAGAAGGCGCGGAGCGGGGUGCUUAAGAUUAACGUGCUUAGUUUCAUUGGGCACUCAUUGGACACUGCCGCUGACGCUGUAUCAUGCUCAGGAGAACGUCAUCAAUGCACACCGUCGCAAAUCAGUUGUGAUCACCCUUUAAAGCGUCCUGUAAUUGCUAAAAGAACGGAUGAUUGGUAG